UCAACGUGUGUCUGCUCGAUUUCUGUAGCCAUAUUUCUAAAGAUAAAUAAAGGAGAAAAAUUAUUUUCAUUUUAUGUGUCCAAAAAUUUUAAGCGCACUUUAGUUAAUAAAAUGUAAAACACGGCUCUGCCUACGUGAGUAACGUGAAAAAAUAGAUCAAAAGGCGAUAGUGAACUGAAAAAAUGACUUCGGAGAAGGUCGCUGAAGAUAUUGGUAAUUGCGUGCGUCAAAACAUCCCGUGGGCGGCCGUACCGAUACACCUGAAGCAGGUGCUGCACAAUAAUCAACGUGACUACGAAAAAUAUGUUUUCAACUACAGUCUAAAGAACCAAUUCCGUUUCCGAGGUAAUCUGACCUCCAAGGUGUUCCGCCAUGAGCAGCGCUACUAUGAACUACUUGUCCAGAAAAGCAUCAACGGUCUGCUUCUAUUCCCCUAUCAUCUAGCUGAUAUUAUUACAAAAGGAUUGCGGGUAACGCCAUUUAACUAUUAUCUUGAUUUAUUGAGUCAACUGCUACGCAAUGAUAAGUCAUAUGAUACACUACCAAAUUUCACGGCCGCCGACUGUCUGCGUGUCUUGGGCAUCGGGCGUAAUGAAUAUCUAUCGCUGAUAAGCGAUUUAAAAACGCAUACAACGCGUGCGCUACUCUUUAGUGCCAAACCCAAUCCCUUGGAUUUCUUGCCUCGUUUUCCGGUGCGUAUACGCGUUGAACCGUGGUGGCGCAUUGAGGUAGGCUAUGUAUUGGAAGCUGACAUAAGAUUUGUUACAACAGCAGAGCGUAGUCUAAUCGAUGAUCUCAUUGAUUUCGGCUCCCAAACUGCCGGCAAAUGUGAUUAUAGUGUCGUACAUAGUCUUUAUCGCAAAGGUCUAAUCUACUUGGAUAUACCCAUAUCAGGCGAAGAUCGCAUCAGCAUACCGCCACUGCGCAACUUUGUCAUGAAUCGUACCAGUGGUGACUACUUUGAAAAUCUGCUUUAUAAAAUUUUUGUCAGUGCCGAUGAGCACAUGACAAUUUCGGAAUUGGCUCAAAUGUUGCAAGUCGAUCUAGAUUCCGUAAAGCAGGCAGUAUCACUUUUUUGUCGAUUGGGUUUUGCGAGGCGCAAAGAUUCCGUCUGCGAUAGCCCAAGUGCUGAGUUGAAGUACCACGCCAGUUGGGAGCAAUAUCAGUUGGAACAAUCAAUGGCACGUGAGCCACCACAAAUCACACCACUCAAUUAUAAUAACUUCAUUACAUCAGAAGCAACAGCUGAACGCGCUGAGGCAGCACAGUAUAGUCCAACUUUAGUACAACAGCAGGAAAAGCAACAGGAUAAGGAUAGCAGCUCCAUUGGCUACCUUUCAUCCGAUGGCAACACCAGUGAUUUCAGUUUUGCCAAUAUGCCAUCACCAUCACCGCAAGCAAUGCAGAGUGUUGGAGGCGAACAUAGUUACUCCGAGGAGCAAGAGCUCAGUUCUGAAUUGGACGAUUUAAGCGAGAGUACUACAAAAUUAAGUAUCAAAGAAGUAUCCGCAACGCCAAAAGAAGGCAAAUUCCCUGCUUUGGUAGAAAAAACCGGAAAACGAGUUGGAUUUCUCUUUGAUUCAACUCUAACCGCUUUUCUGAUGAUGGGUAAUCUAUCACCUGGUCUUAAAAAUCACGCUGUAACUAUGUUUGAGGUGGGAAAACUGUCUGAGGAAAGUAUGGACUCAUUUCUAACGGAGCUGGAAAAAGUCUCGCUGCUAGAUGCCGAGGGUGAAGGAGACGUUUCGCGUUACUUCGCGCAUGCUGUCAUUUUACGAUCGACUAUCUGUUCGCUGCGCCAUUUGCUACCAGGUGGCUUGGAUCUACUGCGACUUGAGUGUCUGGAAUGCUUGGAUCAAAAGACACGCGAUCGCGUGCUUGAAAAGAAAUACAAGUUUAUAAUAUCUGCAACGCCUCUCACUGCCACACUAUCGCAUAUCUUUAGCAUUCCUUUUUUCGGGCAAUUCUAUCGAAGCUCCGAAAGCUCGCAUAUGUGGUCGAAACUUUUCUACAAUCAUAUAACAGGUUAUGGGCCACCUAGUCUCUUCCUUUGUCGCGGCACAGUACUUAAAACACUUCCACGCAUCUUUCUUGGCUACGGAAAGUUGCUUGUGAAUAUACUACAUUCCGAUUCGUAUGUUUUGAACUCCGAAAAUUUCCGCAAUCUCAACGAUCAGUUGAAGAAUGGUUGCAUUCUGGUGCAAGGCUAUGGCAUCCGCCAACCUGGACUUUUACGCUAUGAAUCAUUCCCAUUCAAUGGAAAUGAUUCGCAUCAGCUGCAGUGGGCCAAUCACAAUGCCGUGCAACAAUUGGCAAAACUUUUAGAUCUAGAGCACAAUUGUGGUUUUAUAACAUUCCUGAACACCGGUGUGCCCGACAUAGGGUGCGAAUCUUUUGAACUGCAAGUGCAUCUAAGACACCCUAAAAGUAAAGCAAAGUCACCAGUUGAAACAAAAACUGUAACAGUAGAAUCCAAUCGUAGCAAGGAAAUUGUGCCAAAUGUGAUUGCCAACGCAACUGCGCCUAUAAAAUUGUCCACACUGACACAACCGCAAGAUUUAUUAUCGCCCGCUGAUGGCUCUGAAGUUACCAGCUUUGCACUUCUGAGUGCUUCGCCGAUUAAUGCAAGUCAGUUAAAGAGUCCCGAUGAGAAUUACUUUGCGGUUAGUCCACAAAAUGGUUCACCCUCAAAUAUAUUUACUUCGGAUGACUGUAACGAAUUGCUAGCAUCUGAAUUGGCGAAAUGCGAUGCUGAUUCGGCAGCACAAAAUGCAAGCCAAAAUGAGUUGGUAUCCCAGAGUUCAGUGGAAAUACCAAUUAGUUUCGCAGCAAAUAACGGCGAUUCCAAAACUAUUUUGGAUAGCCCAGAUACUUCGAGUGAAGAGACCAACACCGAGGAGUGGACACUAUUGGAUGUGAAUUUCGGUGUGCCACUCUUCGAUGUCGAUUGUAAUACGCGUAUAUGUGAGCAAAUUGUACGCAAGCUACAUAGAGAUGAGAAUAUACAGAUUCUGCCCGCUAAAGCUAUGAAAAUGAAUGAGGCUUUCAUGAAUUUUGUAAAACAGUGUAUGUAUUUCGAGGAUGAACCGAAUAUCGAGCAGUUGAAGAUUGGCAAAGUCUUGCCAUAUCCGCGCAUCAAUUUGGCAUUCGAAAAUGGGCGCGUUUGCUACUGGAGUGGCAGAUAAACACUUGUAACUUGCGAUAUGUGUAGAUACAACAUUGGUGGGUCCAUAUGAGUGAGCAAGUAAAACCGCAGAAAAUAUAUGAAAACUUUAAAGUAUUCUUGUGUAAAACAGCCUUGAGCUGAAUGUAAUAUUUCAAUGCGUAAUGCAAUAUUUUUUAGUUUUUUUCUUGCUUUACUUAUUUAAGGUAUUGUUAAGCGGUUGAAAAAUCAUUCCGUUCUUUUGAAUUGUUAGUAGGUAUACGCGUGUAAAUCUGUUUUCCUUAUCUAAUCUGCGUUGACAGAUUAAAAAGUUUUAUUUUCUUCAUAUCGAUGGUCCUGUGCAAUAACGACACAAUUCAAAAAAUAAAAACUGUUAUUACUGUUAAGUGGCUCAUGUCUCUAAUCCAUGUCUUAUCUUUUGUACUUACUUUAGCAGUCCUUACUGCUUACUUUAGUAAGGGAUGGAAAUGGAUUGGACAUGGACUAAAGACAAGAGCCAGUUAACAGUAGUACCAGCUUUUGUUUUUUGAAUGUUGAAUUGCGUCGUUAUUGCACAGGACCAUCGAUAUACAUACAUAUGCACGUAUGUACGUAUACAUAUGUAUAUAUUUUGUUUUUGUUUAUGUUGUAAUUGGCUAAAAAUCAAAAAUGCUGAACAUAUUAAUAUGAGUGAAAGGAGCG